CGUGGUGAUGUGUCUCGUGAUGACACUGGGCCACCUCUCAAAUAGUCCUUCAAGCUUCAGUGCUGAUUCAUUGGAGCUCCACUUCACCCUCUCAUCGAUCAUCCAUCCUGUGUCAAGUUCAAACCGAGGUCUUCAGAAUCAGCAGUUCGCACCCCGAGUGAUUGCCCGGGCUUAACAUGUAGCAGUCGAUGCUUCCACCGGCGACCGCUCAGAUGACGUUGCAAAUGACCUUGUCUCCAUCAAACAUUUACCCCACCCAAUCUCCAACUCUCUCGAAAUUUCAAAACAUAUCGCAAGCUUCCUUGUUGCCGCAAUGCCACGCGGCGGAAUCACAUCCUCCUGAUUCAGUCAUCCGCGGAGCACCCCCGUAUCCAAGUCCACUUUUAGACCGUAUAAGUGACCGUCUUCUGUCUUACUUUCACACUCCAACCUCUUCGCACCCUCCUGCUUUCAGAACACUUUGCGUUCCUUUUUCGGGAUGUUCAAAGUCGUCUUCUCUGUUCUGUUCCUUCUCGAUGGCGUUCUGGCCAGCCCUAUCACAUUGCGAGCAGCAGGAGCAUUUUUCUCCCCGCCUUUAAUAGCAGCAAGCGCUUUGUCCCCUCCCGAAACAUUCCAAUCUGUGUCCAGGGAUCUUCGCAGCGAAGAAACAAGACAAAGCGCUGCCCCGCUCCCCGUAACAUUAUCGGAGACGUUGAGCAGUCUGACACCGGUGCUCAACAAUGUCGAAAACAUCCUGGUCUCCCUCACCGGGUCUGCAGGCGACUUGUUCAGCACGUUUGACAGUCCUCCCAGCCAGGUCCAGGGUGCAUUGGAAAUCCUCACGAGCCAGUUCGGCACUUUGACUUCGGGGAUGAACAGUGCACACGUUCGCCUGAACGAAGCUCACACGCCGGACUUCUCAUCCACCCAGGACUUCUUGACGAAGAUCAAGACGAUCGUUUUGCGGGUGCGGUGCCAGUGGUGGCAUCUAUCUAUUUAUUCACUCCUUGACGUUCCGCUCAGACGACGACGCUUGAUAAACAACUUCCUGACAAUACGGACGUGACAAGUUUGCGAGCGACAUUUGAAGCAUUGCAGUCCUCAUUACAGGUCAGUCGAACGAAAGUAACCAGUUGCCGUCCAUUGCUCCUGAUUUGCUGCUCUAGACCUUGGUAACCAAGAUGUCCA